CGCAAGGGAGGAAGAGAAGGAGCCAGGGCGCGAGGUUGGAAGGAAAGGAGCCAGGGCGCGAGGGAGGAAGGAAAGGAGCCAGGGCGCGAGGGAGGAAGAGAAGGAACCAGGGCGCAAGGGAGGAAGAGAAGGAGCCAGGGCGCGAGGGAGGAAGAGAAGAAGCCAGGGCGCGAGGGAGGAAGAGAAGAAGCCAGGGCGCGAGGGAGGAAGGGAAAGGACAGGAAGGAGGAAGGGAGGAUGAAGGAGGAGGGGCAGCGCUUAGCGGGCUGACGCAGCGAGCUGCUGCCGACUCACUUGGUUCUCAGCUGCCGGAGAAAACGGAAGCUGCUACAAAUCCGCACGUCUACCCAUGGAGAGGGGUCCAAACGUUGGGUCGCGGGGCGACGAGGAGCCCCGUGACGCGUAGGAAGCAGCCGCGGGUCCGGACGGUGGCUCGUGGAUUAAAGCCGGAGCCGUUCGCUCCCAUUGUGCGCGCAGUGGCGCAGAGAAAGGAUGCUUCCGCCGCCGCAGACGCUGCUGCUCCUCGGAAUUUUCGCCUUUCUAUCCCGUCUGACGGAGGCUGCGGUGAUUUCUGCAGGGCCUCGUUCACCAUGCGCGCUCACGACCCAUGAAAACCCUCAAUGAAAACAACAAGGAGGGGGAGGAGGAGGGCUCCGGCCGCGGCGCCAUGGAGGACAAGGAGAACAGGCUGAAAACGGCCAGGCUGUGGAGGGAUGCCGCCCUCCGCUCCCGGAAGCUGCGGAGCAACCUGCGCCAGCUCACCCUCUGCUCCGAAAACAACCAGGUCGUGCUGCCCGAGGACAUAGCCGAGGUCGAGGUGCUGAACCUGGGCAACAACUGCCUGCAGGAGCUGCCAGACGGGCUGGGAUCCACCCUGAACAACCUGCGCACCCUGGUCCUGCGCAGGAACAGGUUCACCGCCGUCCCCUGGGCGGUGUUUGAGCUGGCGCAGCUGGUGGAGCUCGACCUGAGCCACAAUGGCUUGAAGAGUCUCUCUGAGGGGGUGGGCCAGCUGCGGGGGCUGAAGAAGCUGUGCAUCAGCCACAACAAAAUCCAGCAGCUGCCGGCGCACAUCGGGGCUCUUCAGCUGCUGGAGGAGCUGGACGUCAGCUUCAACGACCUGCACCACCUCCCCGCUCCCUUCUCCAGCCUCAGCAGGCUGCGCACGCUGGACGCAGACCACAACAAGCUGAACCGGUUCCCCCCGGAGAUCCUGGCCCUCAGCGAGCUGGAGGAGCUUGACUGCUCGGGGAACAAGUUCGAGGUGUUGCCAGCAGACAUCAUGAAGCUGCAGUCCAUCAAAAUCCUGUGGCUCAGCAGUCUGCACAUGUGCACGUUACCCGAUGCCUUCUGCCGCCUGCACAGCCUGGAGAGCCUGAUGCUGGACGGGAACAGCCUCACGGCGCUGCCGCCUGCUUUUGGAAGCCUCCAGAGACUCAAAAUGCUUAAUUUGUCCUCCAACGAGUUGGAGAGCUUCCCCCGCGUUAUUUUAAGCAUCACAGGACUAGAGGAGCUGUACCUGAGCAGGAACAAACUGACUCAGGUUCCAGCAGAAAUAGGUCAGCUGGCGACACUGGCAAACCUGUGGCUGGACAACAACAGCAUCACGUACCUGCCAGACUCCAUCGUGGAGCUGGAGAAGCUGGAGGAGCUGGUUUUGCAGGGUAACCAAAUAGCCAUACUGCCAGAUGACUUUGGGAAACUGUCCAAAGUGAACAUCUGGAAGGUCAAGGACAACCCUCUCAUCCAGCCUCCGUACGAGGUGUGUAUGAAGGGCAUCCCUUAUAUCGCAGCCUAUCAAAAGGAGCUAGCACAUUCUCAGCUCGCCGUGAAGCCGAGGCUAAAACUGGUCCUGAUGGGAAUGAAGAGCGCUGGAAAAACGCAGCUCCGGCAGAGCUUGGUGAGCGGACAACAGGAGGGGAACAGAGGCAUAGAGGUGACGAACUGGGUGGCUGACGCCGCGCGGGGCCUCACCUUCCUGGUGUACGAUCUGUCAGGGAAGCAGAGCUACGACCUCAUCAAGCCCUUCUUCCUCUCUCCCGGGGCACUCUACGUUCUUGUUGUUGAUGUCAAGUCAUAUUCACCCAGAAACUUUUACGCCCACGUCGGGUAUUUCCUCCACGUCCUCGGAGCCAAAGUUCCCCACGCCGUCGUGCUACUGGUGGCCACGCAUGUAGACCAGUGUGCAGCGCUGGAGGUGGAGGAGAAGACUCUGGACAUCCACAGACAGAUCUGCCUCCAGGAGAAGCGGGACGUCCAGAACCUGAGGAGCCUGGCUCUGCAGGUGGACCGGGCCCUGGAGCAGGGCUACGACGUCCGCACCUCCAGCCCUCACGUCCUCUACUACGGCGUGUCGGACAGGAACCUGAGGCGCAGGAAGGCCCAGCUGCAGUACAUGCUGAAGCACCGGCUGCAGAUCCUGUCCCCCGUGCUGGGCGUGAGCUGCACUGGUGCCCAGAGGAACAUCCAGAAGCUGAGGGACAAGCUCUCGUCUGUGGCAGAGCACAGGGACAUCUUCCCCAACCUCCACCGGGUGCUGCCCAAGUCCUGGCAGACGCUGGAGGAGCUGCACCUUAAGCCCGAGAGCCUGUGGCUGUCGUGGUGGGACUCGGCCCGUCUGGGCCUCCAGGCGGGCCUCACAGAGGACCGACUGCAGAGCGCAUUGUCCUACCUGCAUGAGAGCGGGAAGCUGCUGUACUUUGAGGACAGCCUCAGCCUGAAGGAGUACGUGUUUCACAAUCUUCCUCGCUUCAUCGCAAUUCUGAAUGUGUUCUUCCAGAAGGACGAGGCCUCACUGCUGGACCGGCUCCUGUCCGAGGGAGAGAGGGGGGACAAGGGCAGGGUGAGUCUGGUUAUGGAGGAUGAGAAGGGGGAGGACCUCAGGGUGAGCCACCUGCAGCACCACGUGGAGGGCUUCCUCCAGCACGGCCUGCUGCCCUCCAACGUCAUCCGCCUGCUCCUCAGACCCCUCAUCCAGACCCAGCAGGACCUGUACCUCAUCAUGGAGCUCCUGGAGAAGAUGGGCGUCUGCUACUGCGUCAACAAGCCCCGCAGCCAGCCCCUGAACGGGGCCAUGGUGUGGUACAAGUUUCCCACCUACGUCAGCAGCCAGGAGCCCCAGGUGGAGGUGGCCGCUAGCUGUCUGCCACAGUGUCACCUCUUCUCUGUGGAGCAGCUGCACAUCCAGUACAGUUUCCCCUUCCUGUUCCCUCCCGGACUGUUCGCUCGCUUCAGUGUGCAGAUCAACGGCCACGUGGUCCAGAGGUCGGACGCCCGGCACCAGAUUGUGGCUUACAGAGGCAAAGUCCCUGUGGUGAUCAGCCACCAAGCGUCCAAGGGACGGCUGCAGGCGGAGACUCUGUCCAUAAUCAGCCACGCCUCCCUGCCCAACAUCUGGACGGCGUGGCAGGCCGUCACGCCGCUGCUGGACGAGCUCAACCUGCUGCUGCAGGAGUGGCCCGGCCUCCACUACUCUGUGCACAUUCUCUGCUCCAAGUGCCUGAAGAGGGGCUCGUCCAGUCCACACGCCUUCCCAGGUGAGCUGCUGAGCCAGCCUCGGCCCGAGGGCCUGACUGAGAUCGUCUGUCCAAAGAACGGGUCGGAGCGGGUCAACGUGGCGCUGGUCUACCCCCCGACUCCCACCGUGCUCAGCCCUUGUCUCAAAUGAUGCCCCCCGACCCGGCUCGUCUCCCCCUCCACCUUCGUCCUUCCCUCUACAUCCUCAUCCUCCUAAAACCCGCGGGCUGGGUUGACAUCUCCUUCAUCCUAUCUGUGGUUACGGGUCAGACUGGGUCGACCCAAACAGUAGCAUCAAACGGGCCUCAUCUGUACUCAACCGCGGCUCUUUAAGGACAAUCAAGCCUGAGGAGAACAGGAAGAGGAGAAAACGCAGCUGCUCGUGUGUAAAGAAUUUCUCUGUGCCUACGUCUGAGUCCGGUGCAGACUACUGGACUUAAUAUGGUUCUGACAGGGGUUCCAUAAAUGUCUACUAACCAGGUUCCAGUCGCCUUCUCCACUAUCAAUAAACAGGAACCUGGUGUGUACAUCAGGGUCUGCAGGAACCGGGUCGACCCGUUCGUCAUGUAAACCAUCAGGAGCAUCUUGACUGUGUUUAGCUGUUUGUUUCCAGUAGCUUCUGAUGAGAGGAGCCAUGUGACAGUUGUGCUAAGAGGUUUGAGGUCUGAGAUCAGCUCUGCAGGCUUGUGCACUGCCACCAGGUGGUGGGACGGCAGCAGAAGCUGGACCUGAGCCUGUUUGCAAAGUUUGGCACAGCUCGGUGACACUGUACAGAUGUUGACCUCCUGAUUUGGAGGAAACGAGCUUAAGGCAUCGUUUUCAUGCUCUGGAUUAAAACACAGAACUUUUUUUGUCUGAUGUAAAUAUAAUCUUUAUUUUUAUAUGUUGACACUUGAGCUUUGACUUUAUUUACUGUGCAAUGCUGUGCAUGACUCACAGGGGAGAGUGCACACAGGGUUUUCUAUGUAGCUCACAACAUGAAAUAACCAAAUAAAUAAAGCAGAAACUGCA